CGAGUGAACAAAGCCAAUCCCCUAAAGGAAAGGUCAUUCCUGUAGUUCAUUCCAGUUAGCCAAUUCCACUUCCACCAUUCCAUUCCACCAUAUAGGAGGGUCUCUAUAAAUAAUACUAAGUUGUCAAGGUUACAAGGGUGUAAAUAAAUAGAUCGGUGUAGAUAUAAUUAUGUACGUAUAUAGAUAUCUAUUAAAAUGCUCCAACUUCUAUAAAUGACUACUGGAUCUAUCAUGCUUCUGCUGUUUACUGCAGCAGUGUGCAUUUCAACUGUGUGUGGACAGGAGCUGAUGUGCAUUGGGGAGGAAUUGAUAGGUUUUACUGGUGGGUCAAACCUAAGUACGAAUCAGUGUCAGCAGGGUUCUCAACAAGACCUGAAACUUUGCCCUCCUAUGGAAAUUGUGAAUCAAAUCAUUGGAGUUGAUAAUCCUAUUCUAUUUGUAACAUGCCUUGCUAAAGAAGGAGCGAGAGUCUUUGUGACAGCAGAAUGUAGCUGUGCCCAUGGAUUUAGGUUUGACAGUGGGGCAAAAAGUUGUGUUCAGAGCAGUGCUGCUAGUCCAGGCCUUAACAUAGUAUAUGUAAGACCUGAUGAGACUAACAGAAACCGACAUACAACUGUAUUCAUUGAGAACUUCGGUCUGUUUAGUAGUCUUGACAUUUCAAUUCAAUGCAUAGUACGAAGGGGAGACAUUUUUAACGAUGAAGAACUAGAGCGGUUCAAUUUUACUGUCAGAUACAACAGCAGUAACUCAGCAGAAGAAGAACUACUACUUUCAAGUACACAACGAUUGCUGAUGAGUACAGAGCUAUUAUUGUGGAUAAUUAUUAUUGUCGUGAUUGCAUAGUGCAUGCAUGUAUAUUAUUAUAUAGCUGCUAAUGAGUAUACGAGUAAUGACUCUUAUAAUAAUUAAAUUGAGGUGAGCGUAUCCAUUAAUGUAGCAAUU